GAGAGUGACAGCGACCGCGCGAGGCCCGGGCGGAAAUGGCGAUGGCGAUGUCGGACAGCGGGGCGAGCCGCCUGCGGCGGCAGCUGGAAUCGGGCAGCUUCGAUGCGCGGCUGUACGUGAAGCAGCUCUCGCAGCAGUCGGACGGGGACCGGGACCUGCAGGAGCACCGGCAGCGCAUCCAGGCGCUGGCGGAGGAGACGGCGCAGAACCUGAAGCGCAACGUCUACCAGAACUACCGGCAGUUCAUCGAGACGGCGCGCGAGAUCUCCUACCUGGAGAGCGAGAUGUACCAGCUCAGCCACCUGCUGACGGAGCAGAAGAGCAGCCUGGAGACCAUCCCUCUGACCCUGCUGCCGGCCGCCGCCGCCGCCGGGGCCGCCGCGGCCUCGGGAGGGGAGGAGGGGGGCGGGGGCGCGGGGUCCCGAGACCACCGGCGGGGCCCGGCUGGCCUUUUCCCCGGCCCCGGGGGUGCCCCCCGCGACGGCGCGGGCCCGGGCGAGGAGGGGAAGCAGCGCACCCUCACCACGCUGCUGGAGAAGGUGGAAGGCUGCCGGCACCUGCUGGAGACGCCCGGGCAGUACCUGGUGUACAACGGCGACCUGGUGGAGUACGAGGCGGACCACAUGGCCCAGCUGCAGCGGGUGCACGGCUUCCUGAUGAACGACUGCCUGCUGGUGGCCACCUGGCUGCCCCAGCGGCGGGGCAUGUACCGCUACAACGCCCUCUACCCCCUGGACGGGCUGGCCGUGGUCAACGUCAAGGACAACCCGCCCAUGAAGGACAUGUUCAAGCUGCUCAUGUUCCCCGAGAGCCGCAUCUUCCAGGCGGAAAACGCCAAGAUCAAACGCGAGUGGCUGGAGGUGCUGGAGGCCACCAAGAGGGCGCUGGGCGAGAAGCGGCGGCGCGAGCAGGAGGAGGCCGCCGCCCCGCGCGGGCUGCCCCCGGCGGCCGCCAAGGCCGCCAACCCGUUCGAGGAAGAGGAGGAGGAAGAGGAGGACGAGCCGGCCGCCCCCGAGGUGGAGGAAGAGCGGGUGGACCUCUCCAUGGAGUGGAUCCAGGAGCUGCCCGAGGACCUGGACGUCUGCAUCGCCCAGAGGGACUUUGAAGGGGCCGUGGACCUGCUGGAUAAGUUGAACCGUUACCUGGAGGGUAAGCCCAGCCCACCCCCCGUGAAGGACCUCCGGGCCAAGGUGGAGGAGCGCGUCCGGCAGCUGACCGAGGUGCUGGUAUUCGAACUGUCCCCGGGCCGGUCCCUGCGAGGCGGCCCCAAGGCCACUCGCCGGGCGGUGUCCCAGCUCAUCCGGCUGGGCCAGGGCACCAAGGCCUGCGAGCUGUUCCUGCGGAACCGGGCGGCCGCGGUGCACACGGCCAUCCGCCAGCUGCGCAUCGAAGGGGCCACGCUGCUCUACAUCCACAAGCUGUGCCACGUCUUCUUCACCAGCCUGCUGGAGACGGCCCGCGAGUUCGAGACGGACUUCGCCGGCACGGACAGCGGCUGCUACUCGGCCUUCGUGGUCUGGGCGCGGUCGGCCAUGGGCAUGUUCGUGGACGCCUUCAGCAAGCAGGUGUUCGACAGCAAGGAGAGCCUGUCCACGGCCGCCGAGUGCGUGCAGGUGGCCAAGGAGCACUGCCGGCAGCUGGGGGACAUCGGGCUGGACCUCACCUUCGUGGUCCACGCCCUGCUGGUGAAGGACAUCCAGGGCGCCUUGCACAGCUACAAGGACAUCAUCAUUGAGGCCACCAAGCACCGCAACUCGGAGGAGAUGUGGAGGAGGAUGAACCUGAUGACGCCCGAGGCCCUGGGCAAGCUCAAGGAGGAGAUGAAGGGCUGCGGCGUGAGUGACUUUGAGCAGUACACCGGCGACGACUGCUGGGUGAACCUGAGCUACACCGUGGUCGCCUUCACCAAGCAGACCAUGGGCUUCCUGGAGGAGGCCCUGAAGCUGUAUUUCCCCGAGCUGCACAUGGUGCUUCUGGAGAGCCUGGUGGAGGUCAUCCUUGUGGCCGUCCAGCACGUGGACUACAGUCUUCGCUGCGAGCAGGACCCAGAGAAGAAGGCCUUUAUCCGGCAGAACGCGUCCUUCCUCUACGAAACCGUCCUCCCUGUGGUGGAGAAAAGGUUCGAGGAGGGCGUGGGGAAGCCGGCCAAGCAGCUCCAGGACCUGAGGAACGCGUCGAGGCUGAUCCGCGUGAACCCCGAGAGCACCACCUCCGUGGUCUGACGCCGGGACCUGUUUCUGUGUAUACGUGUAUAUUGCUUCUGUGUUAUUUAUAUUUAUGGUAAACGGCAUUAGCAUUUUCCCUGUAGCCUCCAACACAGCUGAGCCGUAAAAGACGCCCUCUCAGCUAGAAACCCAAAAGGAGAAAGAGGAAAAUGUCCAGUUAAGCCCACAUAACAAAAACAUUGCAACUAAUAAAAUAUAUAAUAUGCUUCUCCUUUUAAAUUAUGCUAACUCUCUAAUGAAUAUAUUGUCACACUGUUAUCAUUUCAGUUCAUCCUUUGAGUCAAAACAUACCUUCUCAUAGUAUAUAUUAUGCAGCAACAGGGAAGUAAUAUCUGUAAGUAUUUUAUGGAAAGUCUUCCAGUUCACCAAAAUGUUAGGUUUCUAAAAGGGUACAGUGCCACAUAAACAACCUGCUUCGUAUACUUCCACACAUAAAAAUGUGAUUGAACAAUUUGGGGGAAAGAAAGGAGUCGAGAAAAUUGGUUUUAGGGUAAAUUUUAUUCCAAAGAAUUCUUCCGUGAAAAUAGCUAGUUUGUGCAAAUAUUCUGAUCCUUACAUAAGAGGAAGCUUUCAUAAACCAGUUCAGCAGACAUUUCCAAUGUGAGUCAAAUGGCUAAUUAUUUUCAGCUGCUAAUUAGUAGCUUUAUAAUUGGUUUGGGAGCAUUUACUUGAAAAUCUUAAGGGCUAUGAUAAAUUAUUUUUUCAGCAUAUUCCUGAACGGUGUGAAUGCCCAGCUGGAGCGUUUGUCUUUAUCAUUUAAAAAAAUAACAAGAAUCAGGACACAUUGAGGAACUGGCAGUACCAGUGAGUUUUAGCUGCCCCUCCCGCCUUCUGUAGUGGCUCAGACAUCAUGCAAAUGGGAGAAAAGUUUUCAUUGAAAUACUUGUUCAGAUUUCAGGGUCUGGUGGAUGGGAAAUUAGAAAAAAA